CUCCGCGCGGCGGUGACAUGCCGCCGGCGACCGACUCCGCGGCCGGCCUCGCGGCGGCCGUCCUCCCCGCGUCCACGCCGCGGGCCGCGGCGGAGGCCGUCUCGUCGGUCGCCGACUUCCUCCGCCGCCACCACUCCGGCGCGGACCAGCCGCGCGCCUUCUUCGCCGACGCGCUCCCGGCGCUCCUCUUCCGCCUGUUCGUCUCCAGUUCCCCCGCCUCGCGGUGCUUCCUCGACCUCGCCGCUGGCGACCCCGCCCUCGUCGACCUCAUCGCGUCGCUCCUCGCCCCCUCCGGGCCGCUCCUCGUCGCCAUCUCCGCCGCGGAUCGCCACUCCCUCGCUCGCUUCACCUUCCCGCGCGAGCGGCUCCCCGAUUGGCUCGGUUUCGCGCUGUCGUCCACCGCGGCCUCCUCCGAUAAGGUGAUCUCGCCGCUCCUUGCCGGCCGCGUCGGCUCCAAGCUUCAUCUCUCGGUGUUCGAGUACUACCUUUUCUGGUUCGCGUACUACCCCAUCUCCGCCGCCACGGCCAAGGCUGCCGCGGGCGCCUCGAAAGGGUCGACCUCCACUUCGAAACCCUCGCUUAAGCCACGCGUUCUCCUCGAGAGUUGGGUGUCCACCCUCGCAUCCACGGCCGGCCGCAAUCCGGAUCGGAAGCCCGAUAGAUCGCUAUACCUGAAGCUUCUGUACGCCUACCUUAAGGAGUUCGUGCCCAGCGAUUGCGCCCCGCCCCGCGGUGGUUUUGGUACAUUGCUGCAUCGGAAUGUCAGAGAUGGUGUGGAAGCUGCUGGAUCCUUCAGGCGAGCCGAGUUCUUCGUGCACACACUCGUACAGUUCUGGCUUGUUGGGGACGAUUUCUCGCCGCUGCCUGUUCGGACUUGCCGUUCCUAUGGGUUGCCUUUACUGUCACUUCUGUCUCGUUCAAAUCCUACACUGUCCGAGAGACUGCCAGCUCCAGGACUUGGCGAUGCAGUGAAGCUGUUGGUGAUGUAUUUGAACAGGAGCGGUGUCUGCAAACUUGCUGAUGCAGCCAAUGUGUUUGAUGGAAUGCUCUUAAGGAAGGAGUCAUGUGACAGUCCCGCUGGCUACUGGAAUCCAUUGAUGCAGAGACCAUUGUAUCGGUUUGUGCUAAGGACGUUCAUGUUCUGCUCCAGGGAUGCAGAUAUCAAGAACAUUGCUCAGGUUUUUUCUGCAUGGAUGGUCUAUAUGGAACCAUGGAAGGCUCAGCAGGAUGACUUGAAUGAGUACGAUCUGCCACCUCCUGGUGGGCGAAAUGUGAAUUGCGUUAGUGAUAGAAAGAUGCAAAGGUGUGAUGUAGGGUACUCUCCAGCAUGGCAGGGCUUCGUGCUGUCCAACUAUUUGUUCUAUAGUUCACUGGUAGUCCAUUUCUUGGGGUUUGCUCAUAAGUUUAUUCAUUCUGAUGUCGCUUCAGUGCUGCAAAUGGUAUCAAAGGUAUUGGAAGUUUUGGGUUCCCCGGAAUUAUUGGGGCUUAUCUACAAAGUUGAUGCUGCUUAUCAUUCUAGAGUUUCUGAUUCUCAGUCAUGUUGUUUGGAUGAUGUGCUCAAGUAUGUGCCAACUAUCCGUGAGCAGCUACAGGACUGGGAGGAUGGGUUGUCAAAACAUAGCACUGAUGGGUCUUUCUUGUAUAUGGCGAAGAACGCUAACCUAAGGCUUUUCAGUUUUGAUGAUGACGGGGCCUACAACUUGCUUCAGUUACUGUUGCUAAGGGCUGAGACUGAGAUUCAACGUUUACCAGGUGAUGCUAUGCGAACUCGCCAUACUUUGGAUGUAAUCAAAUCUAAUAUGAGAAAGGUAUUCUACAAGCAUGUGGAAAGCUUCCAGGCGAAGAAUCUUCCACAGGGAGAACACAAGCAGCAUCAUGGACGUGGUGAUCUAUUCGUACCUAAGCAUCCAAGUCCAGGGAAAAACAAACUGGCUGAUAUGCAAUAUAGCGGUGACUGGAUGUUGAGGCCCAUCUCAGACACUGAAGUGGCCUGGCUUGCAAGGCUGCUGAUAUGUUUUUCAGCUUGGCUUAAUGAAACCCUUCGACUUGUACAUGCUGAUACAGAUGCUGUCCCGACAGGCCCAACCAUCAUCAAGGUCGAUCAAAAUGAACAAAGCAGAGUUGGAGGCCCAAAGGAUGCUGCCAGAAUGGUGCUUGUCGGUGUCUUUACGUUGCUCACUGUGGUGGCGCAAUGGAUCCUGCAGUUCAUGAGGACGCACAAGAUUAGGAUCAAUCUCAGAAUUCUUGCAUCCAAAAAGCUCCUGGCAGUUGCUGCUAUGCUGUGCAUGGUGUAUAGUAUAGCAAAGAAUAUGUUGUCUUGAGUUCGGCAUCUCAUCCUGCCGCCGCUGCUCUGCGAGUAAUUGCUCAAACCUCCAAAUUUGCCUUGAGUAGAGGUGUUACAUACGCUGUACAGUAAAUCAUAGGAGGAAAAAACUUAAGGAAAUUUCGGCAACUCUUCCAAACUUGUUUUGUUAUUUUGUGCAUAUCACCGAGGUCCUACUGGAAGGUGUUUGUGACUGGUUUCUUCAUGUGCUCCUGUAGUACAAAUUUCUGCCAGACAUAACUUUGGUGCAAGGGAAGUUUUGGAUUAUAGUGUAACUGAACAUUCCUGGAAUCUGGAUAUCGCAUUUUCAGAGAUAUUGUAAUGACCUACUAUGAUCUGUCAAUUGUUUUUCUAGCAGAGAAGUUGAUCUACUUGA